GUAAAAAUAUGAAUAAUAGGAGCAUUCUACCUCACAGGGAUUUUUUGAGCAUAAAUACAUUAAAGAUUGUGAAGCACUCAGAUAUGAUAAUGGGAGCCAUAUAUGCCUAAGAUAUAUAGAUGUUCAAAAUGGGUCCUGGUUUACUGAGUAAAGCCUUGAGUGGUACUGGAUUUCAGUAUUAUUUUUUUGACAAUUUUUUCUUGAUGUAGUUAACUUUAAGGAUGUUUGAGAAAACAUUAGAGAAAUUAGUAGCUGAGAAUGCAGAGAGGUUUCAAGCCUCACCAUCAAAUCCAGCAUAGCAGUCUACUGGUUGCUACCAACACCAAGUGUAUUCAAAAGGAGACUAUUGCCAUAUCAGAAAGAAAAAUCCGGAGCAGAAGCUCCCCAGGAAGACCAAAUUAAGUUUUCUUCCAAAACCAACAAAAUCCUCAUAAUUAGAGGAAAUGAGUGUUCAUGCAGGAAAAGUUUGCAAUUGCUGCACAGUAUUUUUCCAUUUGAUAUACUGUCUGCACCCAGACACUUUGGCUAGUGGUAGUAACAACAAGGCUCAGGCAAAAGUCAUAAAUAUAUACCUGUUCCUGAACAACAGCCCAAUCAGCGCCGUGUCCAGAGAAACAGACCCACACAUAACAUGCUAGCUGCUGGAAAGGAUUCAUACCCACCAGUUCUUCGAAAUCAACAAGAGCCUUUUCAACACAAAGCAAAAAAUUGCUCAUCUAGGGGUCAAAAUAGACAUGUCUCAGUCUGUAAUUUUACCACUAUGGUAAAGAUUCUCUCAGAUCAAAAACUUCAUUGCAUCAGUCAUUUUCUGGCAGUUGUCAUGCAUAGCUAGUUAUCUCCAGCAGCCAGGAUAGUUGGUGCCAUGCAUUUGUUUCAUUCCCUGAAUGGGAUUUCUGAAAAUGUGCCUUUGGAAAUUCCUUCUGAAGAUACGGAAUAACUCACUAGAUGCAAUGCAGAAUUAGGCAUCAUUCCUUUAUCACAUCCAAAUGCCCCUUUCUGGGCAGGUAAGUACAGACAAUGUGCUGAAAGCCAACCCAGUUGUUACUCUAGACCCUUUCUUACUUGCAGUGGGCAGGGGAAGCAUACCUGCAGGAUAGGUAGCAUACUGGAAGACAAGAUGACCAAGGGGUUAUGGUCCCUCUCUCUCAAAAAAGAAGAACAUCUACUCCCUUAACCUCACACUUCGAGAUGCUAAAAAUCUGUAAGGUGCACAGAGUACACAUCCUUUUAAUUUACUUUGACAGUUCUAAAACAUAGAAAUGGCCUUACCGGAGCAAACCAGCAGUACAUUGAGUCCAAUAUUGUUUGUGAGAGAGACCAAUACCAGUUGCAUCAAAGGAAGAUGCAAGGAACUCUAUAUGGGCAGUUAUAGAAUAACUUGCCCCCAAGAAAAGUUUUGUUCUUCUAUCUGUUAGUUAGAAAUUGGCUUAUGCUCUGAACUUGAAUGUUUAUUUGGCUUCCAAAACCAGGGAGUAAUAGAGGGCAAAGCUUCUCUCAGAGUCAAUGGAAAUAAUGUUGUGGGCAGAGAAGAAUAUUAUCAUCAUCAUCAUCAUCGUCAUUGUCUUGGCAAAUCUCACAGAGACAUACCGUCCUUGCAGAUUGAGUACCACCUGGAUCGAUCUCUAGCUAGGUUCUUGAGAUGGUCUGACUGGAUAUUCAGUUUAUGUCCAUCAUAGGUAUUCUCAUCAUGCCACUGAAGCUUUUGGCAACGACACGAUUGCUUUGUAGUGGCAGUGUAGUGGCUUUCCUUUGUAACCAUGUUUAGUAAUUCAUUGGUCUUCCAUCCUAAUAAUCUGCUUCCUGUCAAGACAGUUCAAAUAAAAGAUACAUAAAUGAGGAAAAAGAGAGAGCUGGAGUCCUUCUAGUCCACUAACAUAGAAUGCAUAUGUUUUUGCAUUUGAUAGAGAACCAAGGAACAUCCAUUGCAUCAGCACAAAGACCAGACAUAUUGAAGCAAUAGUUAACAGUUAACAGUCUGGGUAUUAAAAGAGAAGAAUAAUUUGGAAGGAAUUCUCUGUUAAUCUCAUUGAUAUAUUUUGGUAUCGAGACUGAACUCAUGGAGGAAAUUUCAUUUAUUGAUCUGGUCAGGUUUCAUUUCUGGUGUGAAGGGAUGCAAAAAACUCUCAGAGGAAAGGACGGUUUCUUGUUUGUAAAUGGGACCCUGGCCCAAUGGGUCCCUGGCCUGUAGAUGUUACCAUAAUACUAACAAAUAAUUAAAAGAAUCAGAAAGUUCUGGUGAUCUCAGCUGCACUAGAGUCCCUUCAGGAUAUUUUGUGGGGGUCCUAAAACCAAACAUCAUAACAGGAUAACAGUUUGACAGGCAUAUCAGACUCCCCAACUGAGUAUCACAUGUCAAAAUUAAUCAGAGUGAUAGAUUAGACAAGCCUAUGGCAGCCUUUUUAGUUGCCAUUACCUCCAAAAGACAGGUUUUGAAAUUAGUUCAAUUAUCUUUUCAAGAGCCAAACUGCUGUUGUCAUGAGAAAAUGUCUUACUGCUCCAGAAACCUUUCUGCCCAAGGUAAAUUCUUCUUUCCACAGUCCUUGGGAAAUAGUUCUAUCAUAAUUUGUUCCAAACCUGGCACUCUCUUGGAAAGGUUGUGGCAGAAAUGGGAAUUCCUAGAGCUCUAAAGCAUACAGAGUAUACACACCAAUUUCCCCUGUUCAUCUUAUUCCAUCCAAAAUGGCAGGGUCUUAGGGACUCUAUUCAGGCAAGAUGUUAAAAUCCUGUACCAGCUGACAUGCUAUGCAUUUGGGAAACCAUUCAUGGAGAGAAUUGGGGUUCCUUUUACAAGAUACUUAAUUGCAUUGUGAGAAGAAAUAGUCUGAGCCUCAUCCAAGGAAGAUUUGCAAAGUGGCUUUCCAUUCCUCUGCAGAACCAUCCUUUAGUAGAAAGAUGCUGCAAAUAAUUCCUUAAAUUACAAAGCUCUUGCAUCAGGUGGAGGGAACUUCCAUUUCUGCUUAUUAUUCUAUUGUAAUAAUAAUUACAAUUCUGCUUUGUCCUCUCCUUCCACUUCUGUGAAUUACUGUUCACUACUUCCCAUUUAUUAUAUAUGAGGAGAGUAGCUAUGCAGCAGAAUGAGAAAUUUCUUAUCUGAUAAUGUUCUUUCUGUUAACAGUUCUCCUCAUUCACCCCACCCUGGUAGUCUAGUAAAUGACCAGAAUGCAAUUUGUAAUAUGUUAACUUUUUCUCUAAAGAGGGACUUAAACAUAAUUGCCUCCUUAAGGUUACCUUAUACAGUUUUAAAUUGGUUUCUUAAUUGAUGGAGUAUUUCUAGAGCUUUGGAAGAACUCCUCUGGGGGCCUUAGUUCAAAGGCGGGGCUCAGACCUGGAGACUUCAGGAACAACUUUAGAUUGUCUGAAUUCCACAGGGUUUCCUUCCUCGUGAUAUGAAAGCAUGGAGACAACACUGGAAUCAUCAACUCUAUAAAGCUCUGGAGCAUCAAUAUCAAAUGGGUUUGGAGGCACUCAAUGAGAAUCUACCAGAAAUAAAUAUUGAUUUAACUUAUAAACAAGGAAGAUUACAAUUCAAACCUCCUUUUGAAGAAGUACGAGCUAGAUACUACAGAGAAAUGAAGAGGUUCAUCUCCCUUCCAAAUCAGUUUAGAGGAGUGAGUGAAACAGAAGAGGAGUCCAUCUUCACUAUUAUGACUGAAAGAAAUGCAAGUGGAUUUCUGACUACUUUCAAUAAAGCAGAGGAUUUGUUCAGAAGACUAGCAGAAGUUUCAAACCAAUUUAAGGAAUGGAUUAUAAUUGGACAAGUAGAUAUGGAAACUCUGGUGGAAAAACAUCUUUCUGGUGAACAAGACUGGGAAAAAAACUUUAAAGCGUUAAAAGGGAAAGGGAAAGAAGUAGAACGCCUUCCAAGCACCAUCAAGAUAGAUUGUUUAAUUGUUAAUUGCAAUCCUGUGAAGACUGUGAUUGAUGAUCUUAUACAGAAGCUUUUUGAUGUUCUUGUCCUAUCUUUAAGAAAGUCCAUACAAGCUCAUCUACAUGAUAUUUCUUCAUUUCUUACGGAUGCCACAGAAGCAUUAAUAGUUAGGCCCCAGACUGUAGAUGAAAUUGGAGAAGAUAAUUUAAAGUAUGGAAGUUUACAAAAAAAAAAAACAGAGAUUUUUGUCCAGUUUCAAGAAGCUGAAGAUAAAAACAAGCUUUUGCGGACUGUGGCUGGUGGGGGUUUAGACACAAUCAGCAACCUGAGAGCUAUGUGGGAUAAAUUUGAAUUAAUGAUGGAAAGUCAUCAACUUAUGAUUAAGGAACAGAUUGAAGUGAUGAAAGGAAAUGUGAUGUCAAGUGUUAAUGUGUAUCUUCAAGAACUAGAAAAGUUUAAAGCUCGAUGGGAUCAACUAAAGCCCAACGAUGAUAUCAUUGAAACAGGCCAUCAGGAUAUGCUUGAGAAAAGUGCUCAGACCAUAAAGGAAAAGAAAAUUGAGUUUGAUGAACUUGAAGCCACAAAAAAAAAACUGAUCGAGGACUGCCAUCAUUUUGAAUUAGAAGAGCCUGAUUUCUCUUUGGCAAAAGCUGUAUGUAGAGAUAUUGAGAACAGUGCAGAAGUAUGGGCACUAUAUGAAGAGUUUCAUCAAGGUUUUCAGGAAAAAGCCAAAGAAGACUGGAUUACUUUUAGGAGUAAGACUUACCUGUUUGAGGAAUUCUUAUUGAACUGGCAUGACAAGCUGAGGAAGAUGGAAGAACACACUGUAAUGACUGUGAAGUUGCAAAAAGAAGUGGACAAAUACAAAAUGACACUUCCUGUCCUGAAAUAUGUUAGAGGAGAACACCUGUCUCCAGAUCAUUGGCUGGACCUCUUUCGUCUUCUUGAUCUCCCUAGAGGCACUAGUCUAGAGAAUUUGUUAUUUGGAGAUCUACUCAAAGUGGCAGAUGUAAUUGUAGAAAAAGCAGCAGCACUUAAGGAUUUGAAUAGUCGGGCGCAAGGUGAAGUCACAAUCAGAGAGGCCUUACGUGAGCUUGAGCUCUGGGGUGUUGGAGCAGUCUUUACAUUAACAGAUUAUGAAGACAGCCAGAGCAGGACUAUCAAACUAAUUAAAGACUGGAAAGACAUAGUUAACCAGGUUGGAGAUUAUCGCUGUCUUCUUCAGUCCCUAAAGGACUCUCCAUAUUACAAAGGCUUUGAGGAUAAAGUGUCUAUCUGGGAAAAAAAACUUGCUGAGCUAGAUGAGUACCUGCAGAAUUUAAACCAGAUUCAAAGGAAGUGGGUGUAUUUGGAACCCAUUUUUGGUCGUGGAGCUCUACCCAAAGAGCAGGCACGCUUUAACAGAGUUGAUGAAGACUUCAGAUCCAUAAUGGUAGAUCUCAAGAGGGACAAUAGAAUAACAUCACUGAAUGCUCGGACAGGAAUGAGGAAUGCGUUGAUUACCAUACUUGACCAGCUUCAGAGAUGUCAAAAAUCCUUGAAUGAAUUUCUGGAGGAAAAGCGUUCAGCAUUCCCUAGAUUCUAUUUCAUUGGAGAUGAUGAUUUAUUAGAAAUCUUGGGACAGUCCACUAAUCCUUCAGUAAUUCAGUCUCAUCUUAAGAAACUUUUUGCUGGCAUUAAUAGUGUCAGCUUUGAUGGGGACUUUAAAAACAUAAUUGCAAUGAAAUCUUUAGAAGGAGAAGUUGUGCCUUUUAAAAAUAAAAUUCGUCUGUCAAAUGAUGUUGAGGUUUGGUUAAAUCAUUUGGCUUUGGAGAUGAAGGACACAUUGAAACAAUUAUUGCUUGACUGUGUUACUGCUGGAAGACGUUCACAAGGUUCAAUUGAUCCAUCACUCUUUCCUUCCCAGAUUCUUUCCUUGGCAGAACAAAUUCAGUUCACUGAAGAUAUUGAAACUGCUAUCAAAGAGCAUAACCUGCAGCAGAUAGAGUUAGAACUUAUGGCUAAACUGGAACAUUAUACUAGCAUAGAUACUAGUAUGGAAGGUCCAGGGAGAGUAGAUUCUGGAAUCCUUGAGCUCAAGCUUAAAGCACUGAUUCUUGAUAUUAUUCAUAACAUUGAUGUGGUGAAGCAGCUAAAUCAAGCCCAGAUUAAUAGUGUUGAUGACUGGGCUUGGAAGAAACAACUCAGAUUCUAUCUGAAAGACCAAAAAUGUUACAUUCAAAUGGUAGAUGCUGAGCUCCAGUAUACUUAUGAAUAUCAGGGUAAUUCCCCGAAACUUGUUUAUACACCAUUGACAGAUAAGUGCUACUUAACUCUUACUCAGGCUAUGAAGAUGGGCCUCGGAGGAAAUCCUUAUGGCCCAGCUGGAACUGGAAAAACAGAAUCAGUAAAGGCUUUGGGUGGACUUCUUGGAAGACAAGUUUUAGUUUUUAAUUGUGAUGAGGGCAUUGAUGUGAAGUCGAUGGGUCGUAUUUUUGUUGGUUUGGUGAAGUGUGGUGCCUGGGGAUGUUUUGAUGAGUUCAAUAGACUGGAGGAGGCAGUUUUGUCUGCAGUGUCCAUGCAAAUUCAGACAAUUCAGCAUGCUUUGAAGAAGCAUAGACCUGUAUGUGAACUGCUUGGCAAGGAGGUUGAAAUGGAUCAUAAUUCUGGAAUUUUCAUCACUAUGAAUCCUGCUGGAAAAGGUUAUGGAGGAAGACAAAAACUGCCUGAUAACCUCAAACAGCUUUUUAGGCCAGUUGCUAUGACUCGUCCAGACAAUGAACUCAUUGCGGAAGUUAUUCUAUAUUCAGAAGGUUUUAAAGAUGCUAAAACACUUGGCAGAAAGUUGGUGGCUAUUUUUAAUCUAGCCAGGGAGCUUUUGACACCCCAGCAACACUAUGAUUGGGGCUUAAGAGCACUGAAGACUGCUCUGCGAGGAUGUGGCAAUCUCCUUCGUCACCUGAAGAAAAAUGGAAUGAAGGAAAAAAUUAAUGAAAGACAUAUUGUGGUCCAAGCUUUGCGCCUCAAUACCAUGUCAAAGCUUACAUUUGCAGACUGUGCACGGUUUGAUGCAUUGGUUAAAGAUGUCUUUCCUGGCAUUGAUUUUAAGGAUGUAGAAUAUGCUGAAUUAACCACUGCUUUACAACAAGCCUUUGAGGAAACCAAUUUGGAAAUUAUAAACACCCAGAUCAAGAAGGCUUUGGAAUUGUAUGAACAGCUAUGUCAGAGAAUGGGUGUGGUAAUUGUAGGUCCGAGUGGUGCAGGUAAAUCAACACUUUGGCAGAUGUUAAGGACAGCACUUGGUAAAACUGGCAAAGUGGUGAAACAGUAUACCAUGAAUCCCAAAGCUAUGCCUCGACAUCAGUUACUAGGUCACAUUGACAUGGAUACCAGGGAGUGGUUUGAUGGUGUGCUUACAAGCAGUGCUCGACAAGUGGUACGAGAACCGCAAGAUGUUAACUCAUGGAUAAUCUGCGAUGGUGACAUCGACCCUGAGUGGAUUGAGUCUUUGAAUUCUGUUCUGGAUGAUAAUCGAUUACUCACUAUGCCCAGUGGAGAAAGAAUUCAGUUUGGCCCAAAUGUAAACUUUGUAUUUGAAACGCAUGAUCUGAGUUGUGCCUCUCCUGCCACAAUUUCACGAAUGGGAAUGAUCUUCUUGAGUGAUGAAGAUACAGAUCUUAAUUCUUUGAUAAAAUCUUGGCUAAGAAACCAGCCUGAAGAAUGCAGACAUAACCUUGAAAAUUGGAUUGGGGACUAUUUUGAAAAGGCAUUAAACUGGAUUCUAAAACAGAAUGACUAUGUGGUAGAAACAAGUUUAGUUGGCACUGUGAUGAAUGGGUUGUCUCAUCUCCGUGGGUGCACUGAUCGUGGACAAUUUAUUAUUAGCUUAAUGCGGGGUCUUGGUGGAAAUCUCAACAUGAAAUCACGACUAGAAUUUACAAAAGAGAUUUUUAAUUGGGCACGAGAAUCUCCGCCAGAUCCCAGGAAGCCACUGGACACAUAUUAUGAUGCUGACACUGGACAUUUAAUGUCAUAUCAACUGAAAAAACCUAUACAUUUGACUGCUGAUGACUUUAGUAAUCCCCGAACACUUCCUGUCAUUCAAACCCCAAGCAUGCAGAGAGGUUUAGAUUACUUCAGACCAUGGCUAGACUUUGACAAUAAGCAGCCAUUUCUUCUUGUUGGGCCUGAAGGAUGUGGAAAGGGAAUGUUGCUUCGUUAUGCCUUUUCCCAACUCCGAUCUACUCAGAUAGCUACAGUUCACUGCAGUGCACAAACUACAUCUCGACAUCUUCUCCAAAAGUUAAAUCAGACUUGCAUGGUAAUCAGUACAAAUACUGGGAGAGUAUACAGACCGAAAGACUGUGAAAGGCUGGUUUUAUAUUUGAAGGAAAUCAACCUGCCCAAACCUGAUAAAUGGGGAACCAGCACUCUAGUGGCUUUCCUGCAACAGAUUCUGACAUACCAGGGAUUUUACGAUGAAAAUCUUGAAUGGGUUGGUUUAGAAAAUAUCCAAAUUGUGGCAUCCAUGUCUGCUGGGGGAACAUUAGGAAGGCAUAAACUUACAUCCAGAUUUACUUCUGUUGUUCGUCUUUGUGCAAUUGACUAUCCAGAAAGAGACCAACUCCAAACAAUUUAUAGUGCAUAUUUAGAGCCUGUGCUUCACAAAAACCUAAAGAAUCACUCUGUUUGGGGUUCCUUACCAAAAAUACAUCAGCUGGCAGGAUCAAUGGUUCAAGUAUAUGAGCAGGUACGAGCAAAAUUCACAGUUGAUGAUCAUAGUCAUUACCUCUUUACACCAUACAUUCUUACUCAGUGGGUUCUUGGCUUAUUCAGAUAUGAUUUAACAGGAGGAUCAUCAACACACACACUAGAUUACAUUUUGGAAAUUGUUGCUUAUGAAGCCCGUCGCCUCUUCCGUGACAAGAUUGUUGGUGCUAAAGAACUCCUCAUAUUUGAUAAUAUUUUAAUGAAAGUGUUUCAAGGGGACUGGGGCUCAGACAUCCUGGAGAAUAUGGCAGAUAGCUUCUAUGUAACAUGGGGAGCUCGUCAUGAGGUGGGAGCAUUCAGAGCACCAGAGCAGGUAGUACCACCUCAUGGGAAGCCACUUGGCAAAUUAACUUCAGAAGACCUAAAAGAUGUUAUCAAAAAGGGUAUUAUUCAUUAUGGACGAGAUAACAAGGAGAUAGAGAUUUUACUUUUCCAAGAAGUUCUUGAUUAUGUGUCCAGGAUAGACAGAGUGCUGAGUUUUCCUGGAGGAUCACUUCUUUUAGCAGGACGUAGUGGUGUGGGUCGUCGGACAGUUACCUCUUUAGUUAGUCACAUGCAUGGAUCUAUUCUGAUUACUCCCAAGAUUUCCAGAGGUUAUGAACUGAAGCAGUUCAAAAAUGAUCUUAAACAGGUGAUGCAGCUUGCUGGUAUCGAAGCACAGCAGGUUGUACUGCUGCUCGAAGACUAUCAGUUUGUCCAUUCCACAUUCCUUGAGAUGGUCAACAGUCUAUUGUCAUCAGGUGAGGUUCCUGGACUGUACACUAUAGAAGAAUUAGAACCACUGCUGUCUCCUCUGAAAGAUCAAGCUUCCCAAGAUGGAUUUACAGGACCAGUCUUCAACUAUUUUACAUACAGGAUUCAGCAGAACCUGCACAUUGUCUUGAUUAUGGAUUCUACCAAUUUAAAUUUCACAAUAAAUUGUGAGAGUAAUCCAGCACUCCAUAAAAAAUGUCAGAUGUUAUGGAUGGAAAGCUGGUCUGAAAGCAGUAUGAAAAAGAUACCUGAAAUGUUAUUUGCUGAUUUGGAUGAACAAGAAAAGACUGGUAGAGCACAUAAAGAACCUAAGAAAAAAUAUUCUGGUGAUUCUGAUUUUUUGAAGUCUUUUUUGGUGAUCCAUGAGUCAUGUAAAGCAUAUGGAGCAACUCCAAGCAGAUAUAUGACUUUCCUGCGUUUGUAUAGUGCCAUCAAUAGCAGCAAAAGAGCAGAGUUGUUAAAAAGGCAAAGCCAUUUGCAGGCAGGAGUGUCUAAGCUGAAUGAAGCCAAAGCCCUAGUAGAUGAACUGAACAGAAAAGCUGGAGAACAAAGCAUAUUACUCAAAACUAAGCAAGAUGAAGCUGAUGCUGCACUCCAAGAAAUUACAGUGUCUAUGCAGGAUGCCAGUGAGCAAAAGACAGAAAUGGAAAAAAUUAAACACAAGAUAGCAGAAGAAGUUGUAAAAAUUGAAGAAAGAAAAAGAAAAAUUGAAGAUGAACUAAAAGAGGUUCAGCCACUGGUUAAUGAAGCUAAAUUAGCAGUUGGAAAUAUAAAGCCAGAGUCUUUGUCAGAAAUCCGGUCACUACGAAUGCCACCUGACAUAAUCAGAGAUAUACUAGAAGGUGUUUUACGACUGAUGGGGAUUUUUGAUACAUCAUGGGUGAGCAUGAAGAGUUUCCUUGCCAAAAGAGGAGUGAGAGAAGACAUUGCAACUUUUGAUGCCCAUAACAUUCCAAAGGAAAUACGAGAGAGUGUAGAAGAACUUCUGUCUAAAAACAAGGCAUCUUUCGAUUCAAAGAAUGCUAAACGAGCUAGUACUGCAGCUGCUCCACUUGCAGCUUGGGUUAAGGCCAAUGUCCAGUAUUCCUAUGUCUUGGAACGAAUUCAGCCUCUGGAAAAAGAACAGACAGGAUUGGAAGCUAACCUAAAGAAAACUGAAGACAGAAAACAGAAACUAGAAGAUCUGCUUAACUCUGUCGGUCAAAAAGUGUCAGAAUUAAAAGAUAAGUUCCAGAGUAGAACAGCUGAAGCGGCUAACCUUGAAGCAGAAGUAGUUAAAGCGCAAGAAACACUCAAAGCUGCAGAGAUACUGAUUAAUCAACUUGAUAGGGAACAUAAGAGAUGGAACACACAGGUUUCAGAGAUCACAGAUGAACUAACUACUCUGCCUAAAAGAGCUCAGUUGGCUGCUGCAUUUAUUACUUAUCUUUCUGCUGCUCCAGAGGAUCAGCGAAAAAUUAGUUUGGAUGAAUGGACAAAAUCAGCUGGUCUUGAAAAAUUUGAUAUGAGGCGGUUUCUGUGCACAGAGAGUGAGCAACUAAUUUGGAAAAGUGAAGGUUUACCCUCAGAUGACCUUUCAAUAGAAAAUGCUCUUGUGAUCUUGCAGAGUCGAAUUUGUCCCUAUUUGAUCGAUCCUUCUUCAAGGGCUACAGAAUGGUUGAAGACACAUUUGAAAGAAUCUCGCUUGGAAGUUAUUAACCAACAGGAUGCUAGUUUCAUUACUGUUCUUGAGCUGGCAGUGAGAUUUGGGAAAACACUUAUUCUACAGGAGAUGGAUGGAGUAGAGCCAGUUCUUUAUCCGCUGUUAAGAAAAGAUCUUGUUGCUCAAGGACCACGAUAUGCUGUACAAAUAGGUGACAAAAUUAUUGACUAUAAUGAAGAAUUUCGCCUAUUUCUGUCAACGCGAAACCCAAAUCCCUUUAUUCCACCUGAUGCAGCUUCUAUUAUUACUGAAGUUAACUUUACUACAACAAGAAGUGGUUUAAGAGGACAGCUUUUAGCUUUAACUAUCCAGCACGAAAAACCAGAUUUGGAAGACCAGAAGACAAAACUCUUGCAACAAGAAGAGGAGAAGAAGAUACAAUUAGCUAAACUAGAAGAAUCUCUUUUGGAGACUCUUGCAACAUCACAAGGCAACCUACUUGAAAAUAAGGAUCUGAUUGAAUCUUUGAAUCAGACCAAAGCAAGUAGUGCACUCAUCCAAGAAUCUCUUGCUGAGUCUCACAAACUUCAGAUUUCUCUUGAUCAGGAGAGGGAUGCCUAUCUCCCUCUAGCUGAGAGUGCCAGCAAGAUGUACUUUAUUAUCUCUGACUUGUCCAAAAUUAAUAACAUGUACCGUUUUAGUUUGGCUGCUUUCCUACGACUUUUCCAACGGGCUUUGCAAAGCAAGCAGGAUUCAGAAAAUACUGAAGAAAGAAUUAUGUCUCUUAUCAGCUCAUUAAAACAUAUGGUGUAUGAAUACGUCUGUCGCUGCUUGUUUAAGGCUGAUCAACUAAUGUUUGCUUUGCAUUUUGUAAGAGGAAUGCACCCUGAACUUUUCCAAGAUAACGAAUGGGAUACUUUUACAGGUGUGAUCAUUGGAGACAUGUUAAGAAAAUCAGAUUCACAAAGAGGUAUCCGUGACCAAAUUCCAUCUUGGAUAGAACAGGAACGAACUUGGGCAGUAGCAUCUCUGAAGAUCUCUAUCCCAGCUCUAUAUCAGACACUCUGCUUUGAAGAUGCAGAUCUGUGGCGUACUUUCUCUCAGAGCUCUACGUGUGAACAAGAUUUUCCAUCCAUUGUUGCAAAGAAUAUUACCCUAUUUCAACAGGUCCUUGUGGUCCAGGCUGUCAGACCAGACAGACUUCAGAGUUCAAUGGCCGUUUUUGCAUGUAAAGCCCUAGGAAUAAAAGAGUUGUCCCCACCACCUCUGAAUCUAAAACGUCUGUAUAAAGAGACAUUGGAAAUUGAGCCCAUCUUGAUAAUUAUUUCUCCUGGUGCUGAUCCUUCUCAAGAACUACAAGAACUUGCCAGUGUGGAAAGAAAUGGAGAGUGCUACCACCAGGUUGCCAUGGGCCAAGGCCAAGCUGACUUAGCCAUUCAAACUCUAAAAGAAUGUGCACGCAAUGGAGAAUGGCUUUGUUUGAAGAACUUGCACCUUGUUGUAUCUUGGCUUCCUAUUUUGGAAAAGGAAUUGAAUACUCUUCAGCCCCAACCUAAUUUUCGUCUCUGGCUUACUGCUGAAGUUCAUCCAAAAUUUACUCCGAUUUUGCUUCAGUCAAGUCUGAAAAUAACAUAUGAGGCCCCUCCAGGCCUAAAAAAGAAUUUGAUGAGAACCUAUGAAUCAUGGAGUCCAGAGCAGAUUAGUAAAAAUGGCAAUUUGUCUCGAGCCCAUGCACUCUUUAGUUUGGCAUGGUUUCAUGCUGCAUGCCAAGAAAGAAGAAAUUAUAUCCCUCAGGGUUGGACCAAGUUUUAUGAAUUUUCUUUAUCUGAUCUCCGUGCAGGGUAUGACGUUAUUGAUGGACUCUUUGAUGGUUCCAAAGAUUUUCAGUGGGAAUUUGUGCAUGGCCUAUUUGAAAAUGCUAUUUAUGGAGGCCGCAUAGAUAAUUACUUUGAUAUGAGAGUCCUUCGGACCUAUCUGGAGCAGCUUUUUAAUUCCAGAGUUAUUGGAGGUUUAAAUGUUAGGGGCAAGAAGAUGAUCAGCUUCCCAUAUUCCAUCUCUCUACCCAAUUCCUGCAGCAUUUUGGAUUACCGUGAUAUUAUUGAAAGCCUUCCAGAAAACGAUAAACCCGAUUUCUUUGGCCUGCCUGCCAAUAUUGCACGCUCUUCUCAACGCAUGAUCAGUUCCCUGGUCAUUUCACAGCUUCGAAUCCUGAGCAGGUCAGUAACUGCUGGCUGCAAAUUUGACAGAGAAAUCUGGUCUAAUGAGCUUUCUCCUGUUCUCAAUUUAUGGAAGAAACUUAAUCAGAACUCCAACCUGAUUCAUCAGAAGGUGUCUCCUCCUACUGAGCAACAAGGAUCCCCAAUCUUAUCAUUCAUUAUUCUUGAACAAUUCAAUGCCAUUCUCCUAGUGCAAAGUGUCCAUCAGUCACUUGCAGCUCUCAGUAAAGUCAUCAGAGGCACCUCACUAUUGAGUUCUGGAGUACAAAGUCUAGCAAGUGCUUUAUUAAACCAGAAGUGUCCCCUCACAUGGCAGAGUAAGUGGGAAGGCCCAGAAGAUCCUUUACAAUACCUCAGAGGGCUUGUAGCUCGAGCACUUGCUAUCCAGAACUGGGUAGAUAAAGCAGAAAAAAAGACACUGCUCUCAGACACCCUUGACCUCUCAGAGCUCUUCCAUCCAGGCACAUUUCUUAAUGCCUUACGCCAGGAAACUGCAAGGGUAAUGAGCUGUUCGGUGGACAACCUUACAUUUGUAGCAUCGUGGAAAGGUCAAAUACAAGAAGCAAAACUCCAAGUUAAGAUAAGUGGCCUGCAACUGGAAGGUUGCAGUUUUGAUGGACGUCGACUUUCAGAAAACCAGCAUGACUCUCCCAGUGUGUCAUCAGUUCUCCCUUGUUACAUGGGCUGGAUUCCACAGGAUGCACACGGUCCGUAUUCUCCGGAGGAGUGCAUAUCCCUGCCAGUCUAUACUAGUGCUGAGAGGGAUUGUGUGGUGACUAAUAUUGAUGUACCCUGUGGAGGAAACCAAGACCAGUGGAUCCAAUGUGGAGCUGCAUUAUUUUUAAAAAAUCAGUAAGAUGAAAGUACACUAACUUUGUGCAGUUAGGUUUUUUUAACAUCUGAGCUGUUUGCUAUCAAUGACUUUGGUUUUAUUGUAUGUUAAAUAUUAGUUUUAAAACAGAGGUGUAUAAAGCCCAAAAAUGUUUACAACUUUGAAAAAGAUGACCUGGGAUUGGAAUACAUUGCAUCUUUGUGAGGUGAUGUAAAAAUGAUCUGCCGUACUAUAAUGCCAGACACACAAGUGGCAGUUUCUCAAGAUUGUAAUGUAAUUUAUUUUCUAUUCUAACUUGUUGCAAUCUUAUAUUUUGACUAUUGCAGUCCCACAGAGAUUUAACAGAAGUGAAAAUCAAAUAUGUUUUCUUUGUUGUGCUUAUUUUUGCAUCUUAUAUCUGUAUUCUGUUUGAUAUGUUAUAUUUACAAUUAUUAUAUAAUAAAAGUAGUUGAUGAGCCUUA